CCAAAUGCUGUUUUUUUUUUUUAAAGAUUUUAUUUAUUUAUUUGACAGAGAGAGAUCACAAGUAGAUGGAGAGGCAGGCAGAGAGAGAGAGAGAGAGAGAGAGAGAGAGAGAGAAGCAGACUCCCUGCUGAGCAGAGAGCCCGAUGCAGGACUCAAUCCCAAGACCCUGAGAUCAUGACCUGAGCCAAAGGCAGCGGCUUAACCCACUGAGCCGCCCAGGUGUCCCCCAAAUGCUGUUUUACUGGUACUGGACUGUGAUCCCUAAAAUUUGAAUAUCAUUUGUGUCUUUAAGCAAAUAUCGCCCUAAUCUCUAGGACUCAACUCAGCAGAACCCAGGUGUUCUGUGAGUACAGAUAUAUGCUUGUAGGAACUACUAGUUUUUUGGCUCUGGCAUUGGAGGUAAAUUUGUCACAUCACAGAUUAACAUUUGGAAAAAUGGUUAUAGACAUUUAAUCAAAUAUAUACUUAUUGCUUUGUAAAAUCACAUAUAUCAGGUGAUAAUAGAGUGAUGUUUACCUCAGCAAUAACGUUCUGAGUUUCAGCCAAGAAUAUUAACUCUCAAAAUUUCUCCCCUGAAAACAAAAAUGAAUGCUCUUUCCUUUCAAUAGAAGGAUAAAUAAAAAAAAUAAGUAAUAUAGCUAUUUUUAAAAAAUUCUUAUAUCACAUUAAUUAGGUAAAAUAAUUAUGUUUUCCUAGAAGGCAAACAACGUGAUAAAAUAAUUGCAAAAUUAUUCAGUGACAUUUUACAAAAUGUUCUGAUAUUGGAAGUAUUCUGACAAGACAUGAGAAUUCUUAAAGGCACAGGAGGAUAUCCUUUUAUUAAAUUAAGUCACAUGAGAAAAAUCUUCAUAUAAACAUUUUGAUACAACUUUGUGGAUGACAUAAUGUAGAAUUGUGUGUUUGUUCUUCUGAAAAUUGAGAGUUGGUCUUCAGCAGUUCCCUUCUGAUGUAAAAGAGAUUAUAGAAGGAAACUCUGUGAUUGAAAAUAAAGGGGAGUGAUCUAGGAUCAUGUUGAAUAAAUUUUGUUAAUAAGAUUUGUAGUAAAAAUAAAUAGUCCACUUCCAAAUCUUCAUGUCCUUAGUGUGAAUGCAUUAGGUUAUAUGACAAUGACAACUAAAGCUAUAGAUACAAGGAAGAUUAAUAAUUAUCUGAUUUUAAGGUGGGGGGAUUAUGCUGAAGUAUCAGGAUAAAACAAAUGUAAUCAUGCGGGUCCCUAAAUGCAGAAGGAGGAAGAAGAGAAAAUGUCACAGUGUGAUGUAACAAUGACCUGGAUGUUAUUUUUUCCUAAUUGCUUGGUGAUUCUUUUUACAUUACUAAAAGUUACAACAUUUCAAUUAUACAAACAUCUAUGAGUCCUUAUAUGGCUUUUUAGUAUUCUUGGUAUUGAGUAUGAGACAGGGUAAUGCACAAUGGGAAAGCAAAACUUUCCAUGAAAGAAAUGCAUAAGAGUAUGGAGAAUGGGUACAUUAUCCUGGCAUGAUUAUGGAUAUGUUGUUUGAGAUCUGUCUCCCUCUCUCUCCCCACCUCUCUCUUAACCUCUUUUUCCUUUUCUCUCUCUCUUUGUAGAUAGAUGAAAGAUAGAUAGACAAAUAGGUAGAUAGAUGGCAUAUAUAUAUAUAUAUAUAUAUAUACAUGUGUGUAUAUGUGUGUGUAUAUAUAUAUAUAUAUAUAUUCACACACCCAAAUUGGUGAACAAAUAAUGUUGAGACUGCAUUUCUCAGACUUCAUACAACAUAGUUUUACUGAUUAAUUGGGCAAAAUAAAAAUUAGGUGAAAUAAAAAUUGUGAUGGUGGUGAUUUCGACAACAAAGAUAAUGACAUUGAUGAUGUGAGGUCUAUUUUUUUCAGAUAUACAAAAUGUGUUUUUUUGCCACUAUGGUGAUCACAUCUGCCAUUUAUGUUACUGUUAAAAUAUGCCAAUUUUUACAAGCUGGUCUUGGAGUCUCAGCCAACAUCCUCCUCCUUGUCUUCAACAUCUUCGUGUUCCUUCUGGAUCACAGGCCUAAGCCCACUGACUUGAUCAUCUGUCACUUGUCCUUUGUUCACCUAAUGAAACUCUUUACUGAGCUGUCUUUAUUGUCUGCAGAAGUGUUGGAAUCGCUGAGCUCUAUGAAUGAUGUUGAAUGUAAGGCUUUAUUCUGCCUGAACAGGGUGACAAGGGGUCUCUUCAUCUGCACCACCUGCUUCCUGAGUGUGCUCCAGGUCAUCACCAUCAGCCCCAGCACCUCCUGGUUGGCCAGGUUUAAAUCUAAAUGCACAAAGUACAUCUUUCAUUCUUUUAUCAUCUUAUGGUUUCUCAGUUUGUCUCUCAGCAGUAACUGCGUAUUGUUUUCUGUCGCAUCUUUUAACGUGACCCAGACCAAUCUAUUGAAUGUCGGUAAACACUGCUCACUUUCCCCCAUGGACUCCGUCAUCAGUGGGCUGAUCUUAGCAUUGACGAUAUCCAGGGAUGUCUACUUUGUAGGAGUCAUGCUGCUCUUGAGUGCAUACAUGGUGAUUCUCCUGUCCAGGCAUCAGAGGCGUUGCCAGCACCUUCACAUCACCAGCUUCUCCUCAAGAGCCUCUCCAGAGAAAAGGGCCACCCAGACUGUCCUGGUCGUGUACUGGGUGGACGUCAUCAUCUCAUUCUCCUCAACAAUGCUAUGGACUUAUGACCCAGUCGUCUUGGAUUUCCAGAGGCUUCUGUCCAAUGUCUAUGCCACUGUUAGUGCUUUGGUACUCAUUAGUUCUGAUAAAAAUGAAAAUGUGUUUCAGGAGUGUGGAAAAAUUAUAAACAAUUUCUAA